AUGGCAUCCCUAUCCAUCACCGGUGACUUCCGUCGUCCCGGCGUCGAAGUCAAGCGCUACCAUGAUAAGAAAGCCAAAUGGGCUUAUGGAGGCCGCAGUGCGAGACACCUGCCGCGCCCGACAUCCUUUCCGACCAUUGAACGAUACAUCGAUCUCACAGCACGUCCGGCGUUGCCCUGGUCUCAUUACGCGGGCAUGAACCGAGCGUUGAAGCGCGACAACCAACACAACCUGAACAAAAUCGCCAACGGCGCCAAAGUGGCCAUGCGUUGGGAUACCCGCGAGGUCCUCGAUGAUGACGGCCAGUCCUCCGACUCAUCCGCCGACGAGUCCAUCACCACGAACGCUAUCCCUGGCCACGUCGACACCACCGCUCUAGAUGACGACGGCGCCCCCGUCCCAUACGAAGUAUCCGGCCAGACGAUCCUGUGCGACGCUGUGGACAAGGCGCUCGAGAAGUUCGAGACGAAGGAAACAGAGAAGUUGGUCAGAGAGUAUGAAGUUGUGUCGCAUGAUGGCGAGAUGGGCAUGGGAUACCCCGUGGAGGACGAAGGCUUCGAGUUGGUUGACUAUGUCCACGUCCAUGCAUGA